AUUUGUGUGGCGAUUUCAAUCACAGAGCUUUGUCAAAUUGGGAACAGCCAACCACCAAUUAGAAAAAAGGAGAGUUUCUAAUUGAUUUAAUGGAACCCUUCAUAAUACGCUAGGAUAGAAUUUCUGCGAUAAUUGAGGAAAUAUGUGUCAUUAUUUAUGUUGUUCAAUGAAUACACCUACAAUUAAACUACCAAUUUGAUGAAAAAUAAACAAUAUAAAUAUCCUUCUUCUCAAACAUAACUUCAUUCAACAAUUCUUCCUUCAGUGAUUCAUUUUUCUACUAACAACGUGAACAUGCAAAGUUUUGGGUUUUUAGCUCUGAUCUGUGCUGUUUUAUCAAUGGCCAAGGCAGAGCUCAGUGCCGAAUUUAAAGAAAAGUUCAUGGCCAAAAUGGAAAGUAUAGGGGAAAAGUGUGCUGCAGAAACAGGAGCUCCACAGGAGGAUAUUGCCAAAAUCAUAACAAAAGAAAUUCCAACAACCCAUGAAGGAAAAUGUAUGCUGUUCUGUGGCCACCGGGAAUUCCACAUUCAAAAACCUGAUGGAUCUGUUGACAUAGAAUCAGCAAUUGCUUCACUCGAUUUUAUUAAAGCAGAAGAUGAAGAUAUCUAUAACAAGUUGGUACAAGUUUAUAAAGUAUGUUCUCAAAUUCCUGUCAUAAGUGACCCAUGCGAAUAUGCCGUGGAACUUUCAGUAUGUGGAGUACAUGAAGCAGAGAAGUUGGGCAUUGAUAGAAGAAUUCUGGAAUAAAAUCAUGGUAGAAGCAUGACCUGUGGCCUUAUAUCCAAUACCAAAAUUCGUCAUCCUUUGUGAUUACAUAUUUAAUAAAGCAUUGAAAAAAU